CCCGGAGCUCCAACCCUCCUCCCCCACCCUCCGCUCCCAAUUUUAAAGAUUGCUUCGCUUCUGUCCCGCGCGAUGCGGUCAUAAGAUUCUGCUUAUCUGAACUUCUUGGCUGUCGUCUCCCCCACUAGAUUCUGAAGAUUGGAGUUAAAUUGCCUACCUUGCUUUCUCUCCGGAGCACAUAGCUGCAGACAUGGGGACUCGUUCACUGCUGAACCCCAGUGCCUAGAACAUGCCUGCAAUUGGAGGGGCUCAGGAAGAUCUGUUGAAUGGGAACCUAACUAGAGAGCAUUUUAGAACAUGGUAAGAAAACUAUAAGAUUAAUGCCACAGUCAUUGAAAUGAUAUACUUAUGAACAAGUAGAAACAUGGAACAUCUUUAAUAAACGAAAUAAGUAGAAUUUCACUGUGACUGCAGUAAUGUAAAACAUUCAUAUGUUGCCUGUAUAUGAAUAAAGACAAAGUCAUAUGAAAAAAAUGGGAAAAUAAACUACUGAAGCUUAAAAGAGAGGUUUAAGUGUGUGGUCAUAUAAUUGGUCCUUGUAAUUAGGCUUGUGAUAGCCUAUUAAGAAUCAGACCUAGUACCACGGGAUGUUAAGACAUGCAUUGGUAGUUAACAUCAAUUUCCCUUUAUCGUUUGGCUUCUCGAUGAAGGAUUUUCAGAAUGGCCGCAGCUCCUCAGGCACCAGGGAGGGGCUCUGUUCGGAAGACAAGGCCUGUGAGUGUAAAAACGUCGUUGAACAACCCAUACACUAUCUGCUGGAGUGCUCUGCAGAGCGAGGAUACGCACUUCAUCUUACAGACACUUGAAGACAGGUUUAAAUCGAUUGGACUUAAGAAGAUUGAGGAUAGGAAGAGAAAGAAAAAGCAGCCUUUUUUAAAAAAACAAAGCAAAGACAAAUGUAGCACAGAUGCUGAUAUGCAUGAGGAUCUGAAGGAGAGAAAACCAGAAGACACCCAACAAGUGUCGGGGUGGACUCCUGUCCACGUCAGGAGGCAGCUCGCCAUUGGCGUUAAUGAAGUCACCAGGGCUCUGGAACGGAACGAACUGCUUUUAGUUCUGGUGUGUAAGUCUGUCAGGCCUGCCAUCAUCACCUCCCACCUGAUUCCAUUAAGUUUAAGCAGAAUGGUUCCUGCUUGCCAGGUUCCUCGUCUUAGCGAGAGGAUCGCGCCUGUCAUUGGCUUACAAUGUGUCCUCGCCUUGGGAUUCAGGAAGACCACCACUGACUUCGUCAAUGAAGUAAAAGCUGUGGUCCCCAGAGUACCCAGUUUAAAUGUACCGUGGCUUCAAGACAGACUUGAAGACUGCAGGGACAAUUCAGAGGCCAAAUCUUUGGAAAGCCAAGACAGAGAGAUUCUGGAAACUUCCUUCGAAGACCUCUCUAAACACAGAAAACUCGCUGAAGGUCAGCAGGCUGUAGUGUUACAACCCCUUAAAAUAAAGAAACUGAUCCCAAACCCUAAUAAAAAAAGGAAACCACCUAAAAGUAAAAAAACUACUUCAAAGUAAUCUUGUAUAAACUUAUCAUCUGGAAAAUGAUGCCUUGUAAAAAAGCCUUGAAACUAAUAAAAUGAGUUAACUUUUACAUAUAUAUUCUUGGGACUUUG